CUAAGCAGUGGAAAAAAGGGGAUAAAAAGGUUUUGACCACAAUAUGUUUAUUUAUUGUUAUUCUAGAUUAAUGAAGGAGCAAAGGUCUAUUUGUGGGAAACCAUAGGUCUGCAUGACACAUUUACACGCAUACAUUUGUUUACAUAGGACUGCCUUUUAGUCCUUUGACUAAAGGACCGUUGAUUUUUGAUCUCAUCUGACUGACUUAAAAAGACUUAAAAAGAACAAUAUGGCUAAAAUAACAACUAACCGUAAAAAUAAAUACAAUGCUGUUUCUGACUAAACACACUACACACAAAGCUUAGCCUGUAUUUGCUCAUAAACACCUAUUAAUAAGUGGAGUGUGUACGAUAACAUGAUUUUUGCUUAUGUUUCACAGUCAACAGGAAGUAUUAUGAGUGGCAGCUGUCAGUUGGCCAUCAGUGGCUGAAAAUUGAAAAAGACCAUGUGAUUGAGACCCACUACUGCCACCCAGGAGCCAAGGGAAUCAGUAUCAAUACAAGCCAUGGGAAGGUGUUCAUAGAUUUUGAUAGGUUACAGACGAAUGACCCAGGAAUGAAGGUGCGGAGACUAAGCUUCCUUCCUCAGGGGCAGACGGAGGACAUAGGCUGGUACUUCAGAGAUGGUCAAGUGUGGCGUGAAUAUGGAUCCCAGGGUUUAAGCAUGUUGUCGCCAUCAGUCAGCAGCAGAGAAGUUGAACGACAGUUCACCCUGAACCCUCAGGGAACCUUUGCAUUUUCAGGCUGCGUGAUCAAUUUCUCAAACAUGACCGAGUUCCACGCCUUUACAGGAUCUUAUAGGAGGGUGCGCAGGCGUCCAAAAUUUACAUCCAACACUGGAGUACUUGGCUCCACUUCAGCCCUGCCCACAGCCGCCUCCUCUCAGACCUACAGGUGGGAAUUAAUAGGAGAUUGCCCAAAUUGGACAGAACACCAAGCACGUACAUGUUUAUUUGACAGCAGUGGUAUUGAGAGACAGUACCAGUUGAACCAACGGGGCACACUACACUUCAAGAUGAACAGAUCCUCCUACACGCUGGGCUUUUCAGUAACUCAGAUAAACCUGAGCACGGGCACAACCAGAGCGGUGAGACGACUUAAUCAGUGACUGAGCGGACAACAGAUUUGUAGGUCGGGGGUCAACUUAAUGUUGAUCCUACCAGUUGUGUCACUGCCCACCUCAGGUUGACUCUCACGUCACAAGCUGCCUCCUCCCUUCCUGCCCUCUUCACCUCAACAGGCUGAUCAACAUUUAUUUAUCCCUCCUCUGAAGUCAUUUUGUUUUCAUUGCAAGUUUGAAUUUUUAUCAAGCUACGCUAACAUGCAGAGAUGCAGUAAAUUAAGCCAUGUACGAGUUUUCUACAUGGCCCGGUUGAGCACUUGUGAUAGUGGCUAAUGUAGCCUAUUCCAUAUUAAAUAAGUGGAAUCAUUUACAGAUAAAUCAUUGGAGAAAAACUACUUACAAACCUUUUAACUUAAAAUCAAUGUUAUGUUUACCAGUUUACCAUAAAAUACAAGCAAAUCUUCAAAUAUUCACAGAUUUGUGUAAUUAUUGGACUUUUUAGACGUUUCUACUUUUUUAACCCUUAGUUCAUUUGCUUAUUUCAUGUCAUCCUAAUUGUCUACAAGCUGUGCAUGUAACUCUUUAUAAGAAUUUAUUAAAACUUCCUUUGGCUUGUGCUUCUUCUCCUUAAUUCAAGUUUCUUACAUUUAGACUCAAAAAGCCAAAGUCAAAGAAAUAAGCACCACCCUUUGACAAGAUUAGAUUGUGCACUUUCCUUUAUAUGUACAGAUUUUCACCCUCAGAGACCAGCACCUUGACACAUGAAACAAAGCCCACACUACACAUAUAGGACAACAGUCAUAUAUAAAUGAUCUUGUAGAAGAAUAAGCUUUCAGUUGUUCCUUUGGGGUUCUGCUAGGAUAUGUGAAACACACUCCAAAAACUACAUCCAUUUAGCAAUGAAAUCAAAAGUGCCACAUGUCGAUUGAAGGUUGAAAAACAUCCAUUUACAGACACAUUUUUAGUCUGGUAUGUGAAAAGCAGAGGAAUUAACAGAACCCGGGGAUUCAGUUAAAUGACUAACACUGCCAUUUGUGGCAUUUUUAUACAAAACCAAAAGGGUUUUGCGAUAAAAGAUAACACAUUUUAAACAAUCAUCAUCAUUAUUAUGGAAAAAACAAAAACCUGUAUGACCAAUGUA